UAUAAACAUAUGGAAUAUAUACCCAAAAAUUAGAAACUGGGAAUUAUGUGCUCCCAGUAGGAAAAUAGCUGGGCUGCAGAUAAAGCGGCAUCGAAGAUAACCAUGCUCCAGAUUAACAAAAGCCGUAUCUCGCCGGAAUUCAACCAAAAUCACAGAAACUCGAAGAAGAGCUAGUUAUCUCUAAAAUGGCGGCCGCAAAUUUCGAAGCAGCUAUAGCUCUCAUUGACGAAGCGCAUUCCGAAGACCCUACCAUUGUGACCAUUAAUGGGAAAGAAAUCCCAUAUGAACUCCACUAUGCGCAGAAGUCAACGCAUUACCUUGGGCUCCGCGAGCCAAACGCCUCGCCUGUCUUAAAAACAGCCGUCAGGGCACAGCACUUUCGCAGAUGGGAGGUGCCCCGCACUACUUACCCCGCCACUAGAGUUGGCUAUUUUGCGUGGAGGACAUUUCUCAAGAAACGUCAAGCGGACCUUGCAUCCGAAAUUUGCACACGCUGCAAUUACAGCGCCGAUGAGGCGGAGGCUGUGGCAGCACUCAUCCGCAAAGAGGAUAUGAAGAGUAAUGUUGAGUCGCAGAUUCUAGAAGACGUCGCUUGCUUGGUUUUCCUUGACGAUCAGUUCGAGAAGUUUGAGAAGGAGCAUGACGAAGAGAAGAUUAUCAGUAUUUUGAAGAAGACUUGGGCUAAGAUGAGCGAAGGGGGGCAGAAGUUGGCUUUGGAGAUGGAAUUGAGCGAUAGAGCGAAGGAGUUGGUAGGAAAGGCGUUGGGCUGAAUAUAGUAUUGAACCACUCUACGUCUCUAGCUUUCAUGGUGCACGGUGGUAAUAUCUGUGAACGAGCAAG